AUGUGGCUCUGUCGCAUAGAGAUAUUCAUUUCGAUAGCAGCUUUCGCGCUGUGCUAUUUGCUAUUUCAGGGCUACAAUUUUAACCACAAUGCCUUUGCUCAUUUGUAUACCCACAAGACCUACGAGCCAACUUUAUCAAGUCUGUCAACGCAUGAAGCUCCAAACUGGUGGAAAGACUCCAAACUUGGAAUUUUUAUCCACUGGGGCCUCUAUUCCGUGCCUGGAUUUGCACCGACCGAUUUCAUGUUCAGCGAGCGGGAAAAUGUCGACAACGUCACCUGGUUCAAACAUCACCCUUAUGCGGAGUGGUACAUGAAUACUUAUCGAAUCAAGGGCUCUCCAUCGCGAGAGUUCCACAAGAAGCACUACGGCAAAGAAAGCUACAUGGAUGCUUUUGUGCCGCGAUUCAAUAAGGCGAUUAGCGACUGGGAGCCGAAGGACAUGGCGACUCUCUUCAAAAAUGCAGGAGCCAAAUACGCCGUUCUCACCACAAAACAUCACGAUGGAUUCACUUUAUGGCCUUCGAACGUCCCCAAUCCGUACAGAACUCCAGCGCACACAAGGCUCGACCGAGAUCUUGUCGGAGAGCUUGGAAAAGCUCUGAAAAAAUCCGGGCUGAAAUACGGUCUUUACUACUCAGGAGGACUUGAUUGGUCGUUUCCCGAUCCUCAAGAGUACUCAAACUACGCAACGUCGCAUUUGUACGAAUUGAUGGAACGCUACAAGCCCUGUAUUUUAUGGAAUGAUAUCAAUUACCCAGAUUACGAAAAAGAUGAACGACUUUACGAAGUAUUCGCGCAUUUUUAUUCCAAAGUCUGCCCUGGACAUGGCGUCGUCAAUAACAGAUGGAAGAUUCCAAAUGGGUUCAACGGAGAUUUCAUGACGCCAGAAUACAAAAUCAUGGAUGUUGUGAAUACAACGCAACCUUGGGAAACAAAUCGCGGCAUCGGCUUUAGCUUUGGCUACAACAGAAAUGAAGGGGAGAAGGAAACCAUGGCCAGUAUUGAUAUCGUCAGAAUGUUGAUCGACAUCGUGAGCAAGGGAGGAAAUCUGCUUCUCGAUGUUGGUCCGCUUCCUAAUGGCUCUAUCAGUGCCAUUCAAGAAAAACGACUAAAAGAUCUCGGCUCCUGGAUGUCAGUCAACAGCGAAGGAAUCUAUCACACCCGACCGUUCCUUCCAGACGGGGCGAUUCCAACUGGUAAUUUUCGAUAUGUUCGCUCAAAGGACUACAUGGCUCUCUACGUCCACGUUCUCGACUGGGAUCAUCAAGCAGUCAACAAUCGAGUCAUCGAAGUUCCUAUGAAACUCAAGGGAUUUGUGAUCGUCGAGCAAUUCAUCACACCGACGCACAAAAAAGAGCUGCAUCAAAUUCAAAACGGCGACAAAACGGAAGUCCACGGAGUUCACUUCCCUGAGAAAAAGAUGCCGAUCGUCUUCCGAAUUUCCACUCCGAAGUUGCUUCGAAAAGUCAUCACCAUUACUGGCUUCUGA